AUGGAGAAAGGGGGUAGAAGGGACCAAAGCAUUUGGCCCCUUGUUGUGAACGCAGGCCGGAUCGACGACGAUGAUGACGGGUCAGAUGAGCGGUCUACCGUCAAGUCCUCAACGUCGGGUGUGUACGGUACUUCGAGCCCAAGCAAUUUGGGUGGAGGGCGGGGCGCAGAGGCCUCCGAUAGAAAACCACCUUCAGCAGUGGGCUCCAAAGGCAGCGGCUUGGAUAACGGUUUAAAGAACAACUUCAGUCCCACAUCCCAGUUUACGAUGACCAAGUGGGCAGGACCCGUGCACCCAGGGCGCAACCCUUCCGCUGCUGUCCCCUCGCAUCAGGCUGACGGUCCACUUGAGCUUAAUAGCCAUGUGGGAACUGAACCCAAUGCUGACCCGAGCUCAGGUGGCGAUCCGAACUCGGUUGUGAACCCGAGUUCCGGUCCCGACCCGAGUUCUGGUGCAAAGACCUUAGGAACCAGUUCUGAGGAAAGCCUAUUGGCCAAAUGUACCAGUUUCCAACGGUAG